UAUGGCGGGGAGAAGGAGAAGGCGGCGGCGGACCGAGCUGCGCUCUGUCGGUACCAUUUGAGCCGUUUGCUUCCUGGCAAGGCCCGUGGCGAGGGGAGAAAAGCUGACGGGGCCGUGGGGUAUCAGUGCCUACUGUGUGUUGCACACUGUUCUGUGUAAUGGGGACUCAGUAAGCAAGACUGAGAAGAGAAGGUCCCUGUGCUUAUGGAGCUUACGUUUUGGUGGAGGAAGACAGACAAAAACCAAGGAAAUAAACAAGAUAAUUUCAGUUACUGUGUUAUUGUGGGAAAAUGGAGGAAUAUGAGAAGUUCUGUGAAAAAAGUCUUGCCAGAAUCCAAGAAGCUUCUCUUCCCACAGAGAGCUUUCUACCUGCCCAGUCUGAAAGUAUCUCACUUAUUCGCUUCCAUGGAGUGGCUGUGCUUUCUCCAUUGCUUAACAUUGAGAAAAGAAAGGAAAUGCAACAAGAAAAGGAGAAAGCACUCGAUGUAGAAGCGAGAAAGCAAAUUAAUAGGAAGAAAGCUUUACUGAAUCGUGUUCAGGAGAUUCUUGAAAGUGUUCAGGCUAGAAAAGCACCUGAUGCCAGUGAUUUUGAUCAGUGGGAGAUUGAAGCAGUUUACUCUAAUUCAGAAGUCAGAAACAUGAAUGUUCCUGCUACAUUUACAAACAACUUGCCAAGCCCUACUGAACACUCUACAGUAGCAAAGCUUGAAAAGAUAACUGAAAUUUUGUCACUGGAAAAUGAGGACCAAUGUAAAACUAAUGGGGUAGACUUAGCUAGAGAUUCAGAAGGAUUUAAUUCUUUGAAGCAAUGUGAUAAUUCAGAUAUUAGACACACAGAAGAUGAAGCUUCUCCAAAGACCUCAAAAACUCCACAAGAGACUCUUAUUUCUGAUGGUCUUUUCUCAGCAAAUGAAGAACAGGAUCCAUCACUUCUGGCAGAAGUCACCCCGGAUCCCUACAUAAUGAGUCUUCAGAACCUGAUGAAAAAGUCAAAGGAAUAUAUAGAAAGAGAACAAUCUAGACGCAGUCUGAGAAGCAGUAUAAAAAGGAGUGUUAAUGAAAGUCAUUCAGACAAAGAAAAUGAAGCCGUUAAGGUGACUGAUUAUGUAAAAGAGAAGGCCCAGUUGAUAGGCAAACACUGUGGCUCAAUUAUUCCUGACAAACCAAGCCUUAAUAAAUCAAAUGUUCUUCUCCAAGGUGCUUCCACUCAAGCAUGCAGCACGAAUAUGUCAGUUUUAGCUAGCUUUUCUAAAGUGGACAUACCUAUACCAACUGGCCAUUCCACUGUUCUAGAUUCUGAUUCUGAUUUUAAAGCUAUUCCUACUUUUGUUACUGAAAAUAAUAUUAUCAAAAGUCAUACAGGUUCAUAUGCCAGAUUACCUAGUCCAGAGCCAAGUAUGAGUCCUAAAAUGCAUCGAAGGCAUUCCAGGCCAUCAUCAGCAUGUCAUAUACUUAUAAAUAACCCAAUAAAUGCCUGUGAAUUAAGUCCUAAAGGGAAAGAACAGGCAGUGGAUAUAAUUGUUCAAGAUACUGACGAAAAAACAAAUGUACCUGAAACCGUGCCAAAGUUACCAACUGAUUUAACAGGAGUUUGUGCAAGCAAGGUUUAUGUCAGCAAAAAUAUGCCUGAAGCCAUUGAGGAUAUGGUUUUAGGUAAAUCAAAUCAGGUAUGUCAAUCUUCAGGAAAUCAGUUAGAAAAUAAAGUUACUCAUGGACUUUCUGCUGUGGAAGAUCAAUUAAUAUCUGAUGAGAGAGGAGCACACAAAAUGAACAGUACUUGUACUGCGGUGUCAAAAUUGCAUGAACCUUAUGCUACCAGUCAGUGUAUAGCAAGUCAAAACUUUGGAACUGUGAGUGGACUCAAGUCAACCAGUAUGUUAGAGAAAAACUCCUGCAAUUUACAAAUGGAACUGAAUAAGUCUUAUGAUGUAAAAAACCCAUCCCCUUUACUAAUGCAAAACCAGAAUACCAGACAGCAGAUGGACAUACCUAUGGUGUCCUGUGGAAAUGAACACUUUUUGGAUAACAGUUUUGAGAAAGCUAAACGGAGACUUGAUUUAGAUAUUGAUAGUUUGCAAAAAGAAAACUGCCCUUAUGUCAUAACUGGAAUAGCAGAACAGGAAAGGCAACAUUUGCCAGAAAAAAGAUACCCUAAGGGAUCUGUUUACAUCAACAAAAAUAAAAUGUUAGAAAGUAGUUCCAAAGAAGGCGAGGAGAUACUAAAAAGCAGGAUGUUAGCUUUUGAAGAAAUGCGGAAGAGACUAGAAGAACAGCACGCCCAGCAGUUAUCACUACUCAUCACUGAGCAGGAAAGAGAACAGGAAAGAUUACAAAAGGAAAUAGAAGAACAGGAGAAAAUGUUAAAAGAGAAGAAGGUGAUUACAGCCGAAGCCUCUGAAUUGGAUAUUAACAAUACGGUGGAGUUAGAAUGGAGAAAAAUAAAUGACUCUAGUUUGCUAGAAACAAUGCUAUCUCAAGUGGAUUCCCUCCAUACUUCAAAUUCAAAUAGUUCUGGUUUCACAAAUUCUGCCCUACAAUAUAGCUUUGGUUCUGCAAAUGAAGCACCAUUCUACCUCUGGGGAUCAUCAACUAGUGGCUUGACCAAACUCUCAGUAACAAGGCCUUUUGGAAGGGCCAAAACUAGAUGGUCUCAGGUUUUUAGUCCGGAAGUACAGGCAAAAUUUAACAAAGUAACUGCAGUGGCAAAAGGAUUUCUUACUCGUAGGCUUAUGCAGACAGAUAAGCUGAAGCAACUUCAACAAACUGUAAAAGAUACUAUGGAAUUCAUAAGGAAUUUUCAGUCAGAAGCACCAUUAAGGAGAGGUGGUGUUUCAGCACAAGAUGCUUCACUUCAGGAAAGAGUGUUAGCUCAGUUACGAGCUGCCCUGUAUGGUAUUCAUGACAUAUUCUUUGUAAUGGAUGCAGCUGAAAGAAUGUCUAUUCUACAUCAUGAUCGAGAAGCUCGCAAAGAGAAAAUGCUUAGGCAAAUGGAUAAAAUGAAAAGUCCACGAGUGGCUCUUUCAGCUGCAACACAGAAAUCUCUUGAUAGGAAGAAGUACAUGAAAGCUGCUGAAAUGGGAAUGCCAAAUAAGAAAUUUCUGGUUAAACAAAGUCCUUCUGAAACAAGAGUCCUUCAGCCAAACCAAGGACAGAACGCACCUGUUCAUAGGCUACUUAGUAGACAAGGAACCCCUAAGACAUCAGUGAAGGGGGUUGUGCAAAAUAGACAGAAGUCUUCACAGAGCAGAGUGCCUAACAGAGCGCCUGUUUCAGGAGUAUAUGCAGGAAAAACCCAAAGAAGGCGGCCAAAUGUUGCGACAAUUUAAGAAGACAACAUUCAUUAGGAUAAAAAAGGGGGAGAAUUAUUAUCCAUAUCAUUUUCCUGGCUCAAGACUUUGUAUUUAACCCUGACUCUGUUUACACAGGCAAAGUGACAUCAAAGGGCUCAGCAAUUAUCUGGAUAAUUUAGUCAGUCUGGCCAAUUCCUGCCCCACACCCCCAUUUUCCUCUUAAUAUUAGGUUUGGGUGAAGACAAAAAUGUGUUUAGUAAUUGCCUCAUCUCUAUGCUUAACCUAUAAAACAUAAGUUUGUUUUAUGUGCUCAGAUGUCUACAGAGACCCUUUUUGUAAACUUAAAGGACAUUUGGAUUUAUUUUUACAAAAUAUUGAAGUGAUAUGACAAAUUAUAAAUAAGUUGUAAAACAAAUUUCAUUCAUUUCUGCCUACUGAUUGCUGAAUUUGAUAAACAAACUAGACACUUCUAUUCAAGGGGGAAUUAUUGUAGGAGAAUGUUUUUCUCUGGUUUUAUAACUUUAAAAACUAGGAUUAGUCUCUCAGUGUCCAUAUUCUUCAAUUUACAUGCAGUAUAACCACUUACCUGCUGAUUCUGGUCCACCUAAAAUCUGCUACUAAAGUAGCUGUGGGUCCUGUCAACAACUAAUUGUCUUACAGAAAUGUUAGGUUUCACAGAUGUAACCCUAGUACCAUUUGAAACAUUUGUACUAGAUAAGAUCUUUUUAUGGAGGGUAACAAAUUUGGGGAAGAUAGCACAAUCUUCAUGAAUGUAGCACUUAAUGCAUUAUUACAUCCAUUUCUGUAAAAUAAGAAUAAUGUGUUGCAUGCAGUUAUAUUUUCUAUUUAGUCUGUACAUUUUGUUUCUUCAUAGUAUGCUUUUUCUGGCAUGCUUGAUUUAGGAGAGAAUAAAGGGCUACAGAAUAUAAUAAUAAAUCUGUAUUUCAAAUGGAAUAGUAAUAUUGCCUAGUUAAAAUUCUGCAUUACUUAAAGGCACUGAUGGUUAAGGUUUUUCAUCAUUAACAUAUUCAUUUAAAGUAUCAACCAAAAAAUGUUACCAAGAGAACAUGAUUUUAUGAAAGAGAAUGUCACUGUUAAUUUAUCAUGCCAUUUCCAAAAAGGUCUUUGUGCAUCUCACAUAAAAUUGGGACUAUGUAUAUUUAAUCUUUCUAACUUGAGUUUUAAAGAGAUACUGGUAUUUUGAAAA